AAAUAAAUCAGUUUUGCAGCGAGAAAUCGUCUUGUGGCACGAAAAUCAUUGAAUUAAUUUCGCCAAAUGGUCCCUGCGCCAGUUGUAACCGGAUUAUCACCCAAAGAAGGGCCUCCUGGCACAAAAGUGACGAUCCGCGGUGAAUUUUUGGGCACAAAACCUCAGGAUAUUGUCGGACUCGAGAUUUGCGGCAUCGAUUGCUUGCUUUCGGCGGAAUGGAAGAGCCCGAAUAAGAUAAUCGCUCGUACGGGAGCCGCUAAAGGCAAAGGUGACAUCAUCGUAACAACACGUCUCGGCGGAAGAGGAACGUCAACCGUUCAAUUUCGGGCGUAUCACGAAACAAUCGGCCCGUUGAAGGAAUCUGCGGUUUGGGUUGAGGAAACGAGCCCGACAAUCGCAUGGGGACGACGUGUCUUGACCCCCAACACGAGUGACGAUCCGCUGGGACUCUCAAUUGAGGGCGAUAAAAAAAUCCCCGACGAUUUGAGGGAAAUUUUUCCUGAUGGCACGGGCGACUUGACACAAGAAAAUUUCAAUCCUGCCUGGUUUUUGCUUGAAAAUCACCUAAACACGAGUUUUGAAGACCUAAAAGCUGGAUUGUUGCACUUGAAACGCAAAAUUGACUCACAAACACAGGGAAAAAUUUACUUUUUGAAGGAAAAUUCGGGCGCUGUCAUCGAUCAACUUGACACUCUGAUGACUUUACGCGAAAAAUUCCAGCAAGACGUGAAGGAAGUCGGUUUGGAACAAACAAAAACCUUGGAACAAGCGAUUCAAAAUACAAUUUCCUCGAGUCACACGUUAUUUAGUGACGUUUUAGCACGUCGCGAAAAGGCGGAUGCCACAAGAGCGGCUCUCGCAGCGUUAUCGCGGCAUAAAUUCCUGUUCUGUCUCCCGAAUUCGAUCGAAAGAUGCGUCAAAAGUAACGAUUUUGACAUAAUUUGCAACGAUUAUGCCCGAGCAAGGAACCUUUUUGGCAAAACUGACGUUCCUAUAUUCAAACAAGUGUUGCAAGAAGUCGAUAAUCGCAUCGUAAGCGUACGGAAAGUGUUACACGAGAAGAUUCGUGAAAUGCCUCAAGGCGUGGAAAAUCAGAAAAAACUCGUAAAAGCCCUAAUUAACUUGGAAAAUCAACAAAAAGAGCUCCCGGGGAUGCUCGAAGGGUACAAAGUUGAAGAUCCGGCAUGGGAUGCGAUCGAAGCACGUGCAAAAUAUUUGGAAAAAACCUUCAAAGAGACCUAUGAGGGGUACAUGGCACGAGAAACCCCUCAAAACACCUCAAGAAGCACAAAUAAAGAGACAACUCCCAAUCGUCUGCUGUUCUGUGAGGAAAUGAACGAGAUCGGCACGGGUCAAUUCCCGGAUUUAUGGCGUCUUGGACAAGCUUACUUCUCUGGGGAGCUUCGUGGCAUGAGCGAACCCAAAGCGAAAAACUUCAAAACGUACAUUUUAAGUACAAUUGAGCUUUUUUGCUCGUAUUUGAAGUGUGCCCUCCUGCCAAAUGCUAAAAAUCACGACAUUCCAGCGUGGCCUUCGACGGCUUCGAGCAACAAUUUGUUCGCGAUUUGGAUUCCGCAGUGCUUGAGAUACGUGCGAGUGACAUACGCGACGCUAAUUCGACUGGAUCUCCCGAACGAAGCACUUGAUAUUGUCUCGAAACUCAUAAAUGACCUUCGACUUUACUCGUUAUCGACGAUUUUUAAGAAGACGAAUGAAAAAGUCAAGAAAUUGGUUGAGAGGGAAAUGUGGGAGAUUAAAGUGAUGGAAUUUCCGGGAGCGACAUUGUUGCCGUCGAAGUUGGAGGAGUUGUUGAAUGAAGCGUUGGAGGAAGCGCAAACGGUUUGUUUGACGCCAGAGAUGAGGGAAACAGUGCUCAUUGAACCGCAGAGUGAUGGGCAGAGGGAAAUUGCGAAACGGGUUCAGGAUAUUUUGAAUACUUUUUGUGGAGUUGUUGAAACGCUGGCGAUGCAACGGACUGAUGAGGAGUCACAAGCGGCGCCAACGGUGUCACAAUUGAUAGGUUUUCCAUCAGAAAUGCAAGCAUACGAAAGUGUCACUGGCAUGUCUGACACAAACUGGGCUGACUUUUUGACGUGGGAACAGCGACUUUUGUGUUGUUUAGCUAAUUGUGCGUAUUGCAACAAAGAAAUGUUCCCGAAAAUUGAUCAAACAUUCGCAAAAUACGGACUAAAUCACGUAAAAUUAGCGAUCGAAAGCGGAAGAAGCAACAUUAACCAACUUUUUUCGAGCCUACUUGAGAUUUACGUCGAACACAAAAGUGAUCCGUUAGUUGGAACAAUCGAGCCUUCGAUGUAUAUCGGGCACUUUCAAUGGGAUCAAGUCGAGGAAAUUGGAAAAUUGAGUCCUUAUGCGCACGAAUGUUGCGACAAUUUGGUUGGAGUUUAUUCGGAAAUUUUCUCGAUUUCGCCAUUUUUGUUGAGACCAGUAUUAGAGCCAAUUGUGCAAACUGUGGCGGAGGAACUUGCACGAUUGAUGACUUGUGUGCAGAAAUUCAGUGAAAUGGGAGCGAUGCAAGCGUACGUGGAUAUUAAAGUUAUUCAAGAUGCUCUCAAAGUUUAUAGUAAUUCCGUGGCGAAAACAUUUUUCAACGAGGCCUUGGAAGCAAUUCCAACAUUAAGUCCCACAGAUCGCAAAGCAUCCGAAGUCGUUAUCGAAGAUGUCAAGAAAAAAAUGCGAUUGCAGGUCAUUUGCUUGUCUGUCGUGGAUUAUUAAGAAAAAAAAAUUGUUAAAAAUAAACUAAA